AUGGAUGAGGAGAACUGGAUGAGAGAAAUAUAUCUUCAAUGCUGUGCGCCUUAUCUAUUUUAGGAGCGGAAACUAUGUGCCCAUCCUAGACUGGAGAUCUACAAAGGAGAUAAAAUCUAUUUUAUAUGCCCCCUUGCACGUCAAGGGGACUUCUACGUGCCUGAAAUGAAAGAGUUGGAGAAGAAAAACAGAGCAGCAGCAGCAGCAAUAGAAACCGAUGAUGAUCAAACAGAUAUUACAGGUAUGGACACCAUGAGUGAGACAAGCUCUGUCAGCCUCGAAGCCACAACUGACAUCAGUGAGACUUCAGCGGCUACCUCUGUCUUAUCUCCUUUCACGUCUGGCCACAGUCGGGAUGAGGCAGACAAUCGCAGUGAGCACAGCUACAGUGAAUCAGGGGCCAGCGGUUCCUCCUUUGAAGAACUGGACAUGGAAGGCAAUGGUGACGGGGAUGGAAUGGCAGGUCUGUCAUGUGACCUUGGCUCUGCAGAAGAACAGGACACCACCCAAGUCAAGUGGACCAAGGAGUCUAUUGCCCCAAAGGAAAAAAGGGGUGAAGAAUAAAGUUAUCUGUUUACUCAUAUUUUUUAGGGACUGAAAAGAGAAACUGAUAAUAGUUCUUGAUUCUUUUCCGUCCAGACAAACGAUUUCAGUUACUGAACCAUGUUGAGAGCUGUGCUACAUUUGGUCUGCAAACAAAUAUUUGGAGAGUGAUAAAGAAGAGGAAAUUAUAAUCAGUAGAACACUCACUGCCUAUCACACUUUGUAGCCAGACUUAAAGAUGUGUGCUAUAAUAGGAAAUUGGAAGUGAGAUGGCAUGCAGUGGUGGUGGUGAGUUCUACCUGAACCAGUAGAUAUAAGUUUGUACAUAGACUGUCCCUGGUCUUAGCAUCCUUUUACUUCUCCCUGCACUCUAUCUUGUUUGACCCCUCAUUGGCUUUUUUUUCUGCAACAUGCAUCCUUGAAUUGGUGCUACAUCUGUUAAGACCAAAGAACUGUAGCACUGAUAAUUGAAAGUGAAGAAUUGUGCACUUUCAUAUAUGUUUUUAUCAUAAAUGCAGCAUAUGAAUUCUCUUUAUUAGUAAUACAAUUAAUAGUGUCCCUUUGUAAGGUAAUGGAUUAUGUGCAGGGUUAGUGUAAUCCCAAUUAGUUACAUGUUUCUGCUCCGUUUUGCUCUAUUAUUGGUGCAAUUUCUCUCUUUCUUUUGGUUUCCAUGAUUAUAGAAUAAACCAAGUUCUUAACAGUUACAUUUAGUAUCUUUGGGAACCAAAUUCCUUCUCUAGUUUGUUAUGUGAAAGAGUCCAUCUGAAAGAAAAAGCCAUCACUACUAGCAUUAAUGGUGCCCUCUUUCUGCAGCCUUAGAAAAGAGGCUGCUGAGAAUGAGGAAUAGCAAAACAAGCCAAUGACGCAGUAGGUGACCCAGCUGCAUGUGCCAGUACUAGUCCUUCAAGAUUGUGAUGCAGUAGUAAUUGAGUAUAGGAGAAGAUCAAUGUGUUCAAUGCUGUAAUGUGGCAGAAGACUCAGGUACUGCGGUAACCAUAGAGGACUUGACCCAGUGUGUGAACCAGUGCUGAAAGUUAUUGUAUGUUAUGAGUUGGUGAAGCUGAUUCUUCCAACAUGAUUCCAGAACACCUCUUACAACAGGAUGAAAUGAUGAUGUUCAUCUUUUUGCACUGGCAAUACUUUUGACUGCUUGGUCAGAACAAACAGGUCUCCAUAAAGAUAGUAUCCUGAGAUAUUGAAUCAAAUUUGUCACUCCUGAAUCUUUAGUGAAGCUCUUGUACGAAGGAAUCAGUAGCUGAGAAAUGUGUUAAAUAGUUUGAAUCCUCACAGCUCCAUUAUUGUAGCUUGAGGAAGCCAUCAAGACAGCAGAUUGAAGAAAAAGUUAAUAUCUGUGUAUUAGGGAUGAAGUAUUGAAAUAUUCUGCUUCUCCCCAGCACAUUCUUGGUUCUCUUGUUUGCAUCCUCUUUGUAGAGAUCAAUGGUCCACUCUCUUUCUUAAUGGAUUUGGAUCCAUACAGUGGUAGAGGAGUUCAAAAUUUAGCCACCUUCAGACCUGCCUUGUUCUGAACAUUGAUUUAGCCUGGAGGAUAAUCAAUGGAAUGCAGUGUUAGAAUGGUCUUCUUUGAGCUUUGUGGUCCAUAAGGCUAUUUAGCUCCCUCUCCCCAAGCAAUCACAAUUGAUUCCUUACUUUCUUCUUUGUGCUCUGUUGUUGUUGCCUCUAAGGUCUCAAUUUCAGGUUUAGCUUAAAACUAUAUUCAUACACUCCCAAUUCUCAUUUAGCGUAGCAAACCAAAUCAGCACUGUGCAUCAGAUGCUUGGAGUGUAGCAUGGAUUUGUUUGAAUGAAAAUCUUCCAAACUGUCUCAUUUUAGCACUCAAAGGCUUCUCUUGUGCAGGACUCCUGAACAGCUAGUCCAGAGCACCUGUCAACAAUGUCUCUUUGUUCAUAUAUCUGUUUGCAGAUUGUGUGCAUUCCCAUUUCCUCAGACAUGUUUGAAUGUCUUGUGCUUAUAUGCCUCUUCAUGUCUGUAGUUCAAUCUAUACUAUACUUAAGCCUGUGCUCAGGCUUACGGCUAAAUUAGACAGGAUACCAUUUAUGCAAUUGCUGUAUGCUUUUCCUAUAUUCCAAAAACUAUUGGGAUACAGAGAAAUGAGGAGGAGGCAUAUAGAUAUUAGUAUACUAUGCCUAUCCCCAGAGUUCAUUUGACAUGACAACAAUAUUCUCAUUCUCAUUCUCUCUCCCUCCCUCCCUUCCUCCCUCCCUUCCUCUUUUCACAAUGAGGAAAAGGAAGCAAUAUAUCAGUAUCAAAGUAUUUUUACUGGAUUAUGAUGUUUCAUUUAGGUAUGUGCAAACAUUGUGUCUCCAGCAUCUUCUUUUACUCCUCUGGACCAUGCCAUCUGGUCAUUCUAGGGUUGGUCUAGCAACUUUCUGGAGGUAAAGCUUCAGGGCUGGGCCAUGCUCAAACUACUUCCUACUCAAAAAGAUUUCCUUCUGGAAAAAUCACUUCCUACUUCUGGAAGAUUUCCUACUUCCACAAAACUGCUGGACCGCCCUUGAAGCUGCCAAAUCAGUGUGGUCUGAGAAAGGAUGGGACAGUCCUCCAACCAUCCUGUCUCUGGAAUGUUUUGCACAUUCCUAGCUUUGUUGUAAAGUGUAUGUGCUUGUCUCACAUGUUUGUGGACAAACACUGUACCUCCUCAUAUGUGUUUCCAUGUAUGAAUAUGCAUACUCAUACAUGUUUAUAACCUGCAAGUGUGAGGCUGUGUGGUGUGUUUACAGAUAAUGGCAUAUAAAUUAGCCAUUCUGCAUGUGCCUAUACACAUAUAUUCUUUUCUUAAGCACAAGUAAAUGUGCUUAAGCACAUUCUUAAGCACAAGUGAAUGUGCUGUUUAUUUGUUAGCAAUGUUUUAUAGAUACAUACAAAACCUUCAAGGCAGAUACAUACAGUAAUUGAACCUUGUUUCCGAUUAUAGGGGCUAUUUUGCACACUUGGAAACCAGCAUGUUGGGAAGAAAAACAUUUUCUUAUCUAGAAAACUUGCAUAGCAGGGCAACUUCUCUUUUCUAAACUAGAAAGCUGUUUCCUUGAUUUGCAAGUUUUUCACAAACAGGAAGUAAGGCUGCCCAAAAUAAAUAAAUAAAUAAUCUUCAAACAGCAAAUCCCUCAUGUACCUUCUAAUAUGCUCUAUGUUCAUGAGUCAAAAUGUUCUCCUUGCUAACCUGAAUCACUUAGGGGCUCAAGUGCAAACGUUUAAGGGGGCAAUUAUUUCAUGCCGAAAAAGAACAGGUUCUUCUUUCCUGUCUUUUUUUUUAUGGGAGUACAGAUGAAUGAUUUUUUUCCUUCCAUUCUUCUUUUCCCUAAUGCUAAGCUUUGGAAAAGUUUUUUUCUUGCCCUGAAAGUUAACAAGCAAUAUGAACAGAGCCACUUUGACUGCUCGGAGAUGUUGUAAAACAUGGGAAUAGGAAGAAAGUCACUGGGCAUGCCAUGUGCUGGGAUGAGGAACUGGGGAUUAGUUAUUGUGGCUCCCCUGAGAUUGAGAAAUGACUCUCACUAUGAAGAUGCGGACUGGAAGCAGUCCUCAAAUCAUUCACUGUUGGGUAGAUCUUCUGAUUUAAUAAGACUACACAAGAGUACCAGUUGCUUUAUUACUGUCAGAGAAUAGAAUUAUAACACCUUAAUCAUUCAGAUGGAGAAAUGUGGCACAUUGUCUACUUGCCAUGACUUGGACCGAGAGCAGGAAAAGCCAGCCACUUAAUGCUUCUAGCCCUCAUCGCCUUUAUUCAGAGUUGGCCAUGGAAGUUUUGCUUUGUGUAAAGACUUACCAAGUUGGCUUCUGGAGGUGAAUACUAAACCUAACAUUUUUCUGGGUUUCUCUGAGCACUCCCCCAGUUUUUGGCAGGGAGGGGCUGCUAAAGGACUGCUGCAUGCAAUGACUGGGUUUUGGUUGGUAAUCAUCACUGAAUGGCUAGCAUUUUGUAGACAAAGAAUUUCAGAUGUGAGUGUAGAAUUAUUAAAAAUCUUGGGUACCAUCCCUUGGGCCAAACUUUAGAGUGUUUAUUCUAGUGUUGAAGAAGCAAAAGACCCAUCUGUAUUUCAGACUGCUUCAGGCAUUAUGUCCCAUGACUGUGUCUUUCCCAGGAUUGCUGGGGUCAUGACUGGAGCUUGCUCCAUUCGUGCAUCUGUCUGACAGACAGCUUUAAGAUGUUCUCCUUAUUCUGUGGUACGUUUCUGUUUCUCUGUUUAACACUUGCUGUGAUUGUGGAGGGACUGGGUGAUGUGAUGGUGAGUAAUACAUCCAAGCAUCUCAAAAACAACUAGUGUUUCAUCUCUCUUGCUCUAAGCACAACUGGCUCUAUUAGCUUUACUGGCAGUAAAAAAGCCUCAGUAAUCUACAACUGGUAUAGAAUGCAGUACUUCAAAAUUAACAUAUUUGAACAAAAUGAUGCUGCUAGAUAAAGAAGACCUGUUGUUAUUCUAAUUUUAUUGUUGCCCAUUGAGACCUUUCAGAGAUGAAGACAUGCAGCUUUCCUGACAUCUUCCUUUCUUAAGCCCAAAUAUCAUCUACUGUGAGCAUCUCAUUUUCAUUACCAUCUCAGUGUUCUGAAAGAUCAGUAGUACCUGGUUAGAAGCCUGCUGAUGCUUAUAGAAGUCUCUCAUUAAUAAGGCUGAGGUUGUGAUGAUAAGAAUAAUCUGGGCAUCCAGAAAACUAAACAUGAAUGUAUGUGGAAAAGGAUUCUAAACAGCAUACAAUACAGCACAUUCUUCCUAUGCUUUGGUUAGCAUCCACAAACUCAAAAUUAUUAAGAGUGCUGAAAGGUUUGGUACCAGAUAAACAUUAUUCUGAACACCUUAAAGUUUUGGUGUUGCUUCUAUUUUCUGCUAUGCUUUACUCUUUUAAAAUUCCAUGUUUUUCUCUGCCUGUGUAUCCCAACAUGUUUUCAGUCCUAGAAGUCUAGAUAAAGCCAUCUUAUUCAACAGAAAAAUGCAGUGUUCCCUACAUAUCCCAGUUGGACUCACAUAGGACUAAUUCAUGUAUGUCUAGAUGGGGUAUAGCUCCAUGACAACAUGUCUCUUGAUCCAACUGUUGUCAGGAAGAGUGGGUCUGAAGUGUUAUUUCUCAUCCAUGUAUGUUCUUUGUUGAGGCACUAUUUCAUAGGCACACAGAAAUUAUACCAUAUAGCUCUCCAGAGUUCUGAAUCCACCCAUUAAUACAUAUAAAGUACCUAUUGCUAAUGGAGAUAAUCAAUUUCACCAGCACUCAGAGUUGGUUGGCUAUACUCUGUAAAUUUCCAUAGCAAAACAAAUAUGGUGGUAUGUGCAAAGUGUAUUACCAUGAAUCUAAUAGUUUGCCUACACAAAAAGCAGCUGGCAAAACUGAAGUGGUUGUAGGAGAACUUGCAUGUAAACAGGAAGAGGUGUUGUGUUUGGCUCUCAAACCCACAGAUUGUCCUUCAGCCAGCAACCUGCACUGUAAAGCAAUAUGGAAUGACAGCUUAGAGCUUGUUAAUCAUUAAAACACAAACAAAGCUGUGAGAGAGGUUUGCUUAUUAGUUUGGUCCUGAAGUGAAAAAUUUUGUUCUGUUAUAUAUUUAAUCACUAUUUUGGUAUAAUGUACAAGGCUUUAAAUGAUCUAUGUGCCAGACUGACUAAAACAUAGGUGUUGGGUGAGCAGGGUGGUGCGGGGGUGGGGAGGUGAAUCCUUGUUAAAAUUAAAAAUGGCUCAUAAAAAACAAGCCCUUGUCCACCGCAUUUUGUGAAUGCUCCAUACUAGCAAAACAGUAACAGCCUCAUGAAUGACUGAAGUGGAACCUGCCUCACAAUUGGUAAAUCCUGAAGUAUCAGUGAUUCUUAUGAACUAAAAUACACACCCAAUCAAGAUACACAGAGUGGGGAGUUGUAGCUUUCUCACAUGCAGUGGUGGAG